UCGCUUGGCGAAUUAAAUCACGGCAAUACUUACACCGGUUGUGAACAUCUAUUCUGUCUUCUUUGGGGUUAUUCUCAAGACGGAAGCAGUUCUGCAGUCCUGGCCUGCAGGUGAAAGUGAAACCUUAAACUUAAUGUCAGUCAGACCGAGUUCCUCUUCCUGACGUAAUAUGGCACAGGUUGCUGUUAAACUGUCUCUCCGCUACUCCAUCCUUGUGGGUAUUUUCAUGCUGAAAUGCCUGGAUGGGCGACCUCAGAGAUCAGCAAUGGUCAGAUAUGAAUUCAACAGUACUGCUCGGAAAGACGUGGCCACAGAGGUUGCAGGCUACGCAGAUGUGGCCAAACGGAUCAUCGACCUGGCUGUGUUCGGAGCUGCACAGAACCGCUCAUACACACGCCUUGCAGACUUUACCGACACCAUUGGGAACCGCGUCAGUGGCUCAAUCAACCUGGAAAUGGCUAUCAAAUAUAUGUAUAAAGCUAUGACGCAGGAUGGUUUGGAUGUACAUCUUGAACCAGUAAAAAUCCCCCACUGGAUUAGAGGAAAGGAAACUGCAAUGAUGACAUUGCCAAGGACCAAGAAUCUUGCUAUACUGGGCCUCGGGAGCAGUGUAGGGACGCCCCCUGAAGGCAUUGAAGCAGAGGUGUUGGUUGUUGGAUCUUUUGAGGAACUGAAGCGCAGAGCCAGCGAGGCCAAAGGGAGGAUUGUGGUCUUCAACCAGCCAUUUGUCAGCUACGGCAUGACAGUGGCAUACCGUGAAUAUGGCGCCUCCGAGGCAUCGAAAUUUGGAGCCGUGGCCACACUCAUUCGAUCCAUCACGCCUUUCUCAAUUAAUAGUCCUCACACAGGUUGGCAAGACUACCAGGAUGGUGUGAAGCGCAUCCCUACGGCAUGCAUCACCAUUGAGGAUGCUGAGCUGAUGUGGCGUAUAGCGCAGAGGGGACAGCGGAUCACCGUCAGACUCACAAUGGCCGCCAAGACACUCCCAGAUGCCGACUCUUUUAAUACGGUGGCUGAGAUCAAAGGCUGGCAGCAUCCCGAGCAGGUUGUCCUAUUGAGUGGUCACCUGGACAGUUGGGAUGUGGGCCAGGGUGCCAUGGAUGAUGGGGGCGGCGCCAUGGUUUCCUGGGAAGCCCUGUCACUCAUAAAACAGCUAGGUUUACGUCCAAGGAGGACCAUGCGCACAGUGCUGUGGGCGGGUGAAGAGCAGGGUGGCGUUGGAGCGCAGCAGUACUACGAUCUUCAUAAGGUGAAUUUAUCCAACUUCGAUAUGGUCAUGGAGUCUGACAUGGGGACAUUCAGCCCAGUGGCUCUGCAGUUUACUGGAAGUGUUGCAGCACAAAAGGUGAUGGAGGAGGUGGUCAAACUGUUAGCUCCUCUCAAUACCACAAAACUGGAGAAACAUGGGGAGGGGACGGACAUCUCUCCUUGGAUGCAGGCCGGAGUACCAGGUGCCAGCCUCCAUGUGGCCGACAGUCGCUAUUUUUGGUUCCACCACACAGAAGCUGAUACCAUGACAGUUCAGGACCCUCGAGAUAUGGACCUCUGCUCGGCUUUGUGGGCCGUAGUGGCUUAUGUAGUAGCAGACCUCGAAGACAUGCUGCCUCGGUAGUUGUUUAGAGGAGGGGACACGGGGAUUCUCGGCAACUGCGUCACAAGUGUUUACGCCGGUGAUAUUGCAGUAGAGUAUCAAGGCUUACCAAAAAGUAACAUUGCACAUAAUGCGAGACCAAAAUAUGACAAGCACGAAGGGAAGCUUUUUUUGACCAAAAUAGUUUGGGUUUUCCUAUGGUUUUUAUACUUGUAUUUUUUUUUUUUAACUUUUCCAUGUUUUUACAAAGUGGGACUUUUAUUUAAUCACCGGUUUUCCAUGUGUUCUGAAAGAUUUUACAAAUUACUAAAUAAAUAAAUUUACUUUAAUUACUUUGUAUCAUAAAUAAACUGCCAUUGCUUUGGUCAUUCAUCACCAUA